AUGCCAGGCUCCUGGCUCGCACUCUGCAGGUACGACCUUCCCACAAAAAAAAUAAUUUUUUUAUUUAAACCUGCCAUUAAACAGUGUUUUUCUCUGUGACCACUAUCCGCGUUUCGCGCGCUCUCUCAACGGAAAAACCCGUUGAAUAUCUCGGCUACACCUGCAAAGCGCGAGCAGAAACUUUGAGGAAUUGACAUGUUACCUAUACUUGACGUGUGUGCAGGUUUUUAAAAAAAUCGAAUGUCGUACUUCGAGCACGCCGCUGUAACCCAGAAAUAAAGACUUUGGACCUCUGAAAAGAAGAGGUCCAAAGUCAGUUCCUUGAACAACGCCAGACUCUACGACAUCACUAGGGAACAUGAGGUGAUCAAAACGCGCGCUUGCAUACUAGAGUACACAUUUCUUAUUCAUCUUUUACACUUAUCCCAUACGCAAGCCAAUUAUAGAAAUAAUUUGUGUAUAAGAUGAGCGACGUUAACACAAGCCGCGCUGAGAGCUCCUUAGCACUUAACUUCUUGGUUUUUUGAUUUGUUUUUGGAGUUACAGGGACAGUUCUCCAAGUACGACGCUCGCGUGCCCAGUCCUGACAUUUGUCGCAUUUUACGUAUGUGACCGCCAUGUUUAAAUUUUCCAUAGUGUAAUGGCUUAAAUUGACACGUGAUAUAACUAUACAACAGUUUUUAAUUCCCUUUCACUGUUUGUUGCUGAAUCCAUUGUGCGAAUUCACGUUUAUAGUGGAACGGAGAUCAUUAAAUUGGUUCUCGAUUUGGCGUGUGUCCUAACCACCAUCCAGCUAGCUUUCAGGAUGACCGUUAGCCAAGAGCAAGUUGACUUCUAUACAACGCUACGUCACUAUCAUGCUCAUUACGAAAUAGCUUUGGCCGCCAUCUCUUUGAGUCUGAACGGACUCGUAGUUUAUAUGGCCAUGACGACGCGAAAUCGAGUUAUGCGAAGUUACUGUUGGGUCGUGCUGAUGAGUAUGUUCGCGGACAUGGUCUAUGUUUUGACCAAUCUGACUUCAAUGAUGGUAUGAAUAUUUACUUAUGGCAUAUAACAACAACACCAUUUUCCCUAUGAGAUAUGAAAUCUUCAAUAUUUUUCAGGUAGUCGAAGUGAAAGGAGGCCUCAUGUACUUCAUUACUCUCGGGCCAUUCAGCCAUUAUCCAAAUCCCGCCGGCAAGGUGAUGGGCGCCCUUUACUUGACCGGCCUCUACAUGGUCAUUGCCACGUUGGGGAUGCAGUUCAUCUACCGCUACUACGCGCUGUGCAAGACACCUUUGACCUUGACUCAAUUCUCUCUAAUUUAUCUUGUUGUUACUGUGUAUUGUGUAAGCGACGCCGCCAUUGGUGGGUUUGUUUUUGAUGGGGAAGAUGCGGAAAGAACAAGGAUGAUACAAGAGCACCCCAUGUACACGCACAACACUCCAACCUACAUGAUUGUUGAUCCGGUAGGGGCUUUGUUAGUGGCAUUACAAAACGUGGACCCCAUAAGAGUCACACAGUUCUUGUUUUUAGCGGAAACCCAUCCAUAGUGCCCACCUUGUCUCUACCCAGCUGAUUGUCGUAGUAGUGUAUGUAGUGGUCAUCUAUACGAGUCGAAAGAUCAAUGAGAAGCUGAAGGAAGCUUCAGCGAUAAUGAGUAGUUCGACCAGGGAUGCUCAAAGACAACUGAACAGAGUUAUGAUUUUACAGGUGGGUAAGAUAUGUCUAAUUUAGGCUUGUAGUAUGACCAAUAAACUGUAAAUGUCAGAAGUCUACUUGAAUGUCUAAGCUAGUUACAUGGUGUUUUACCGCAUCUCAACAAGUUUCGCUUUCAGGCUACAUAUCCGGCGAUCAUCGUCGGCUGUCCGGUUCUUAUGGCCACGGGCUUUACCCAGCUUCGUCUGGAUGUUCUUUGGUGUGGGUUAUACCUAGUGCCAAGCGGUUCUCUCAUCCCGAUUGCUAACUCCGUGACAAUGAUUCUUGUGAUUCCCACAUUCCGAAAACGACUACUGAACUGUCUCCCAUAUAGAAAGAUUGAAGUAAAGUCUUCUGGACCAUUCACCACGACAGAUAUAACAAGAAAGAUGACGGAAACGCCACCGCAAAGUCGGAUGGAACCGAAUGAAACCCAUCUGAUUUGA